AAAUAAAUAAAGUAACUAUAAAAAAAGACUCAAUUCUUGACCGAAAGCUCGAAUGGACUCGACCAUGCUAUGAAAACUUGAUCAAUGGAGCAACGCUUGCUAUCUCUACUCCAAUCACAACCGUUAAACCCCAAUCAACUAAAGCAAAUCCACGCUUUGAUUGUCACAUCUCAGCCGUCCAUUUUUCCUCUCUUUCUAAAACUCGUAUCAGCCCCUGCAACCAUUCACUACGCUCACCAAGUGUUCGAUGUAAUUCCCCAACCAAACCCGCUCUUCUCCAACUCCAUCGUAUCCAUCUUCUCCAAGCUUUCGCUCCACCAAGACGCCAUUAAUGUCUUCUUCUCCGCUCAUCGCAAGGGAACCGAGCUGUUGUUUUUCACCGUCCCCUCGAUCCUCAAGUCUUGUGUUUCUUUGGUUGCCGCUGUGGAGGGGAAGCAAGUGCAUGCGCUCUCGCUGGUUCGUGGGUUUUGUUCCAAUGUUUACAUUCAAACGGCGCUGAUUGAUUUCUACUCGAAAAAUGGGGAUAUGGAUGCUGCUGAGAAAGUUUUUGGUGAGAUUUCGGUCAAGGAUCCAGUGCCUUGCAAUUGUUUGAUAUCUGGAUACUCGAAGUCCGGGAAUGUUCAGGCUGCGCGGCGAGUGUUUGAUGUGAUGCCGGUGAGGACGGUUGCUUCCUGGAAUUCGAUGAUAUCGUGCUAUGCGCACGUUGGGGAUCCGGUUCAAGGGCUGAGGUUGUUUGAGCGAAUGCGAGACGAGAAGGAGAAACCGAAUGAGAUGACUCUUGUCACCGUUCUCUCGAUUUGUGCAAAACUGGGUGAUUUGAGCACAGGUUUGAAGGUCAAGGAGAUGGUUGAUGCGCAUGAUUUGCGGACGAAUUUGAUAGUGCGGACAGCGGUGUUGGAAAUGUAUGUGAAGUGUGGUGCAGUUGAUGAGGCACGCAAAGUGUUUGAUGAAAUGUGUCAAAGAGAUGUUGUUGCUUGGAGUGCCAUGAUUGCUGGUUAUGCUCAAAAUGGGAGAUCAAUUGAUGCUCUGGAGCUCUUUGAGAAGAUGAGAUUAGUGAAUGUUGAGCCGAACGAGGUCACUCUUGUCAGUGUUCUGUCUGCUUGUGCUCAACUGGGCUCUGUUGAGGUUGGAGAGCAAAUAGGAAGAUACAUUGAGAGCCAGGGAUUUGCUUCAGGGGUGUAUGUUGGUUCUGCAUUGGUUGACAUGUACGCGAAGUGCGGUAACAUAAAACGGGCUCGAGCUGUUUACGAUAAUAUGCGUCAUAAGGAUGUUGUAUCUUGGAACUCCAUGAUUCGAGGACUCGCCUUUAAUGGACUGGCAGAUGAAGCAAUUGAUCUCUAUGAGAAGAUGAUUAGAGAGCAACUCAAACCAAAUGAUGUGACUUUUGUGGGAUUGUUAAGUGCUUGUGUGCAUGGUGGCUUGGUUGCUGCAGGAAUUCAGUUUUUCAACAGUAUGCAGAAAGUACACAAUGUUUUGCCAAAGGUUGAACAUUGUGCAUGUAUGGUUGACUUAUAUUGUAGAUCAGGAAGACUUGAAGAAGCCUAUAAGUUCAUCAGUGAUAUGGAAGUUGAACCAAAUAUUGUCAUUUGGGGCACACUUUUGAGUGCUUGCAGAGUUCACUCUGAUGUUGAACUCGCCGAGCGAUCAAUGGAGAAGCUACUGGUGUUGGAGCCUGAUAAUUCUGCUAAUUAUGUGCUACUAUCUAGCAUAUAUGCUGAUGCUGGUAGAUGGGAAGAAGCUAGGAAAAUGAGGAACCUGAUGAGGAGAAAAGAUGUUCAGAAAGUGGCUGGUUAUAGUUGGAUAGAACUAGAUGAUACGGUACAUAAGUUUUUGGCUGGUGAUACAUAUCAUCCAAGAUGUGAUGACAUAUAUGAUGUUGUUGAUGGAUUGAGUUUGCAAUUGAAAUGGGUGGAUAAGAAUACAGAGUAUGAUCAAGAGGUCUGGGAGGCUUUGUGACUUUUCUUUUGGUUAGGUAUCAGCUCGUUUGCAAACGUGUCUACAUUAUUUCAACAAACAAGGAUGUGAGCAAAAAAGAACAAAGGAAUCAAAUUUGUUGCUUGUCUUGUUAGGUUGUAUGAUAAGGACUAUGACAACAAUUGAGAUCAGAAUUUUAUCAACUGCAUUGUUUGACU